AUGUUAGACCUAUAUCCUGUUCAUAAUUUCACUGUUGAACAGUUGGAGUAUGAAAAGAACACAAGAGUUCUUCAGCCAGUUUGGGACUGGAUUAAGAACGGAAAUGAGCACAUUCUGAGCUCACCACUCUUCCCACCAUUCUACGCACUUUCUAUCGAUUAUACAUGGGUUGCUGUAUUCACAUUUAUCGACUUGUUUCUCUACGAUGUACCAUUUUUCAAAAAUGCCAAAAUUCAGAAGGAUCGCGUUGUCACAUGGGAUCUGAUGAAGAAAUCCUUGAAACUUCAAGGAUGGAAUCAACUUCUCUGGAUUUAUCCAAUGGCUCUUGUUCAGUUGAUUUGGGUUCCAGAUACAGAACUGCCGAUUCUUGCACCAACAGUUUUUGAAAUGGUCUCGCAAUUGGCAAUAUUCUUCCUUGCAUUUGAUUUCACCUACUUUUGGUUCCACUAUUUCAAUCAUAAGAUAAAGUGGCUCUACAGAUGGUGCCAUUCCGUUCAUCACAUGUACUCCUCUCCUUUCGCCGCCUCCGCACAACAUCUUCAUCCGUUUGAACUGUUUUUUGUUGCCACUUUCAUCACCACGGUCCCAUGGAUUUUCCCAACCCACUGCUUGACCUACUGGCUCUGGUUUUUCGUUGCUCAAAGUGUUUCCUAUGAGGUUCACAUCGGCUACGACUUCCCCUUUGCUCUUCACCGCAUCUUCUGGUUCUAUUCCGGUGCUCCAGCUCACGACAUGCAUCAUUUGAGACCGUUGACAUGUUUCCAGCCAUGGUUCAACUACCUUGAUCGUCUCAUGGGAUACCAUAUCACAUAUGAAGAUUUGAAAAAGAUGACAGAAGCCAAAUUCAAAAAGUUUGGAUUGUAUUCUGUCGAGGACGAGAAAGGUCUUAUUAAGAUCAAUUAA